AAGGCGAUCAGAAAUGCGGGUUCAAAAGAGUAUUUUAAAGAUGAUUUGAUGCCUUCUCCGGUUGCAUUCAGACCUCGUUGGAAUUUCGCUAGAGACGAUUCCGCAUUUCCAGCCCUUACAGAAGCUUUUAUUCGUUUUUUAUGGUUCUUGCAUUCCACGAUCAUCUGCCACAGUGACGGUCCACGUUUAAUAGUCAAUCCUCGCAUUCGAAAAUCCUUCUCAACUCUUCCACAAAAAGCGGAUGGUGGACUCUCAUCGUCGGGCUCUUUGGGUUGGCAGAAAAAAAUCGACGACAAGAUCAACUGGCUGAACUGA